AUGAAGAAAUCAGCCGUUUCCCAAAAAUGGUUCGAAAAAAUUUUAAAAGAGAGUAGUAUUCCUAUUUUUGAAUAUUCUUUAUAUAAAAAUGUAGAAGAAAUUAGAAGAGCGGACUAUAAUGGAAAAAAGGUGGUAUUGAACAGCUUUGACAAUGAAGAAAUGAGUAAAGAAUUGGCAAAGGAAUUCAUCAAUGAGCUAAAACAAUUAUUUGCUAUUAAUUUUCAUCCUAACAUUAUUCAAUUCCAUGGGAUUACACGCGAUCCUACAACAAGUAAAUUAAUGUUAGUAUUACAAUUUGCCAACGGGGGGAGCUUACGACAACAUUUACUAAAAAAAUGGCAGGAUGAUACUUUUAAAAUUUCAUUUAACGAAAUUUUCCAAAUUGCAAGACAAGGUCUCGAUUUUAUAUCAAAAAGAGAAACAAAUCUAUUUAUCAAAAAUCAAGAUAAGAAACUUAUGCCUACCUUAGAUAUUAUGACAAAUGAACAGUCACGGAUUUAUAAAAAUAUGCAUCGUGAUGAUUUAACUAUAAUGUUAUUAAAUACAGUGUUAGAACAAAAAUAUUAUGAACCAUCUGGAGAUCAAAAGUUAAAAAGCACGGAUGAGCAGAAGCUUCAAG